AUGCUGUCUAUGUUUGAUGAGACCGAUGCGGCCAAACCCGGCCCUCCCGACAUUCCCGCCACCUCUAUCCUGAGGGCUACGCCCGCCAGGCCACGGACCAAAUGGACUGCCGCCGCCCCGCCACCCGUGACAGUCUUCGUCCCAGCGGGGGAUGUGACGAUGGAACUUCCCUGGCACGUUUUCAGUUCCGUGCGCAACUACGACAGCAUCUUCCGGUUCUCUGUCUCAGCCAGCAUGGGCUUCGUGAAGGUCCGUCUCGAUACAAACGGGGCCAGCUCAGCCGAGACGUUAUUGGACGAUGUCGAACAACCCUUCCGCGUUCGAAGAUGUGCCUUCCGCAGGUCUGGUACUAUCGGGGUGUCCAUGCUCGACCUGCAGGAUUCGGGGUCUAUGGACGCAGACCGCGAAGAAACACUCUCCGGCCGCUACACCUCGCAUCGACACACUGGCCGGCUCGCGCCCCCGGCAAGGACGGGAAGGCAAGACCCUUACCCGGCUCCGGAAGGCCUGGACCGCACCUCACUGCGGCGUCGCCGCCCCGGGCUGAACCCCCCCUCGCCGCCGUCUUCGGGCGAUGACGACGUUGGCGUCGGAACCCCAGCGAGGCCCGGCAGCGUCCACAGCCGCAACAGCGGCAAUAACGCCACGGUUGGGCAAGCGGACACGAGCUUGCCGGCAAAGACGGUGACUGGAAAGCGGACCAGACUCGAGGCGGCCAACGACCCGCCUGUGGUCGGCCAUGCCCGCGAAGCCGCGGGCCGCGCAAGCAAAAGGACGUGCUUGGUGCUGGAGUCGACGGCGGUGGCGUCACCGCUCAAAUGCCCGCGCCGCGGAGCGGCCGCAGCUCCUUCCGCACGCGGAUACUGGUCAGAGGCAGAUGGCGGCGCCUUUGGUGACAGGGAUGCGGACGCGGGAGACGACGGAGGGGAGGACGACGCCGAAUCGCUCAGCUCUCGCGACAACACCCCCGAAAGCUCGGAUGAGACGCCUGACGGUCGCACCGACACCAAGGCGCGGCCGAAGAGCACCGUCGCCGACGAGUUCGAACCCGCCGCCACCGCCGAGCCGGCCAGAAGCAAGAGCGAGACGUUCGUCCAGUCCCUCCUCGCCGACGGUCCCGAACGUUGCGAAGCUUUCUUGCGAGCGUGGCGCACGGCGCCUGCGAGCUCCGCUCUCCACCUCCCGCCUUGCGACAACCGCGUCACACUCUACCGCAACAUCCAGGAGGCCAAAAGCCACGAGACCCUCGCUAGGUACCGGAAGAGGCUUGCGCACAUCCAGCUCAGCACGCGUCUCAAGAAACCGGGGUCUGACAGCGCCGCCGUGUACCGGAGCCGCAGCGAUAUCCACAGCCUCACCUGCGAGGUCCUCGGCAUUAUCGAUCCCUCGUCGGCGGACACCACGUUGAGGGCGUUCCUCUGCGGCGACGGUCUGGACUUCCUCCCCGCCCUGCCCCCCGGCAAGCUCGGGCUCACGCUGUCGGACUCGCACGACGUAGCGCUUCGCCUGGCUGCAUUGGCGUCGGAGAACGGCGAAGACGCCGUCAAGGUCAAGCAGAUCGGCGCCUUCGGCAGGCUGUUCGCCGCGGUUGUACAAGGCCAAGUCGCGGAUGCCCUCCUCGGUCUCGACGUUGAGCUUAUUGCUGCUGCCCUGUCGCCGGGAGCGAUGGCAUAUCUGCCGAGUCCGAUGUCCCGCGUCGAGCGCCUCGCCCAACACGAAUGGGGGCUGGCGAAUGAGCUUAUGGCGUCCAUGGACAGAAGCGGGCUGCGAGACCUCCUUGCCGCGGACGGCUGCGCGAUCUGCACCCACCGGGGCCGCUCCCAUCAGCCUUGCGAAUCGUUCCGAGAGCACUGUGCCAACCUCCAUCCGUUCGUCCGCAUAUGGUACGGCGGCAACUCGGUCUCAGAGGCCCCGAGGCUCCAAGCCGUCCGUCACCCAUCCGACGAGGACCAGGUCGGUAUCAUGGAGGGAGAUGUCGUGGCCGUUGUGCCCGGCGAGGUCGUGCCGGAUCGUUCCGUCGCCCCGAAGGAGUGCCUCGCGCUCGCCGAUGGCGCGUCCCGCCCCUGGCGGGACCUCGGGGACGCCGUACGGUUAGCGCCCGGCGUAGCUUUUCGUGUUGAUAAGCGCCAUUCCCUUAUCCGGAUCUUGCUGGCGCAGCCCACCAACCCCUUGCAACCGGUCGAGCUCGAAGCCCAAGGUCUUAGCUAUCAGCGGUAUAAACGUCUUAGCUUUAGUUGCUACGUCUGA